AUGAAAAAACUGCGAACGUUUGGCAUUUUCGCGCACAUCGACGCGGGCAAGACGACGACGACGGAAGCCUUUCUCCUCGAGGCCGGACAGAUCGCGAGAAAGGGAAACAUCGGCGAUGGUACGACGACCAUGGACUUCAUGACGCAGGAGCGCGCGCGCGGCAUUACUAUACAGUCGGCGGCGACUUGCUUUCGCUGGGGCUCGUCGUUUUUUCAACUCAUUGACACGCCAGGCCACGUGGACUUCUCCGCGGAAGUGCAGCUCGCCCUGUGCGCGGUGGACGGGGCCUGCGUGCUGCUGGACGCCUCGCGCGGCGUGGAGGCGCAGACGCGCGCCAUCUGGAAGGCUCUCACGUCGAGCUCCCAUCACAUUUCCAAGCUGAUAUUUGUCAACAAAAUGGAUCGCGACGGCGUCGAUAUGGACGUAUGUCUGGAUGCGGUCCGCGAGCGGCUCAACGCGUGGCCGUUGCAAGUUAAUUCGAUUUACCGCCUGCCUCGGGCUGCGUGGGACUUGCUGGGCCGUGCGCAAGCCGAGAAAGCGGGCCUUCAGAAGAAGGUUCACUCCGUGGCGCCGCAGGCGAUCAUCGACCUGGCGACGCUUCAGACGUCGCUCUAUCCGCCCGUCUGCGGCGCGCUUGACGGCUCCACGCCGCCGCUGCCAGUCACCUACUCGCCUCCUCCACACGUCCUCGCGGAGCUCUUCGUCGCCUCUCCAACGUCUUCUCUCUCGUCAAAGUCAUCCCCUUCAUCUUCUGCUGCUCCUCUUUCGCCUCCUUUUUCUCCGUCUCCUUCUUCUUCGGAGUCGGUGUGGGUCUGGUGGAGGGACGCACGCGUCGUGCAAGACGUGCGAAGCAGACGCGCGAAGCUGCUGGAGGAGGCGUCGCUGCUCGAUGACGAGUUCGAGGCCUUCUGGACUCGCGCGGCGGCGGCGGAGGCGGGCGACGGCGGGCUCGAAGCAGCCGCUGCGCGAGCCGCAGACGCCGCCGGCGUGCUCAGAGCGGAGCUGCAUGGCGCGCUCAAACGAAUCGUGCUGGCGGACCAAGGCGUCCCUGUCCUCUUCGGCUCGUCCUUCUUCAGCCGCGGCGUCACGCACCUCCUCGACGCGGUCGCGGCGCUGCUGCCGUCGCCCCUCGAGCGGCCGCCGCUGCGCGCCUCGUCGGCGGCUCCGCCUGCCGCGCCUCCUUGCCUCUCGGCGUGUGGGAGCUUCCUCCUUCCGCAUCGCAGCGGCGCCGCCUCCUGCGUUGCCUUCAAAGUCUAUCCCGAUGGAAAAGGCGGGCGCAUCGCCUUCGUUCGCGUUCUCUCAGGGCGCAUAACUCCGCGCACAGCGCUCUUCAACUCCACGAAGCAGUGCAGAGAGCCUGCGGCAUGUGGCAACUCGGUGCGGCGGCUGUAUCGCAUCAAGGCGGACGCGUACGAGGCAGUCUCGUCGCUUUCGAGUGGCGACAUUGGCGCGAUUCGGGGCUUGACCUCCGUGACGGCCGGCGAUCUUCUGCAGGCCGCCUCGGCGUGCUGUCCUGCGUUUUCGCUUCCCAUCCUGGCGCCCUUCCAGCGCCACCUCGCGCCGGGGAGUCCACAGACUGCGGGUCCGGCCGCCGCGCCGGGCGCACCCGCUCCCCUCCACGCCGCCUUCUCGACGCUGCACAGCCUCAGCCCCGUCUGCUUCUCAGCGAUCGAGUGCGGCAACGCACGCGAGGAGACGGAGGUCGGCGAGGCGCUUGCCGCUGCCUCUCUGUCUGACGUCGCGCUCAAAUUCGAGAAGGAGGAAGGCGGGAAAUUCACCCUCUGGGGCAUGGGGCAGCUCCACCUGCAGGUUGUCCAGGCGCGGCUCCGAGAGGAGUUCGGGCUUUCCGUGGAGUUCGGGCCGCUCGAGAUCGCGUAUCGUGAGCUUCUGCUGCAGCCGGUGCGGGGAGCGCUGACCUACUCCCCGGCGGGGGGGUCCGCCGCGUCCUUCGAGAUUGCUUUCUCGCUGCUGCCGCUGCCGCUCACGCCGGCAGAGCAGCGCCUCUCUGCGCUGCUGUCUCGGCAAGAAGAUCCCGCGCUGCUCGCUAUGGCCCGCGUGGAGGCGCUGCCGCUCGCCUCGGCGGUAUCGCCGCCGAGCGCGACGGCGGUCCCGUCUCUCUCCGGCUUCACGCAUGCGACGAACCUUUUCUUCUCGCUGUCGCCAGAGGCGGAGACGGAUGUGACUGAGGCCGAGCUACAGGGGAAGAAGGGCGUCCACUCGCGCCGCGGCGCCUCCCACGGCGGCGCUUCUCACGGCGCCUUGGCGGAGGGCGGAGCGCUCCUUCAGGCGAUUCGGGAGGCCGUGGUCUACGCUGCAGGCGCUGGUCCGCUGCUCUCUUAUCCGCUCGACUGCCUCCACAUUCGCCUCGAGCGCCUCCGACCAAACGGCCCGCAGGCGCUGCUCACGCCGCCAGCCGUCUCGGCCGCGUCCGCGCAGCUGCUGCGGCUGCUGCUGCGGACGGGAAAGGGCGAGCGCGCCAGAGGCAGCGAGGACGAAGACAGCCAAGAGGAGACCGACCUCCGCGAGCGCGUCGCGAUGCUGGAACCCGUGAUGCAUCUCGAGAUCUGCUCACCCGCGAAAAACCUCGGCGCUCUCAUGAAGGAUCUCACCCAGCAGCGACGCGCCUCGAUCGUCUCCAUCUCCGCCGCGGCAGGCGAGAGUGCAGAGGGCUGCGAGGCCGCCUCAAUUGGGGAUGCCCCCGGCGGGGAAGCGCCUGCGACCAGCGGUGAGCUGAAGAUCACCGGUGGAGACGAAAACGGAAUGAUGGAGCUGCACGCAGUGGUGCCCCUCCGGUGCAUGGAAGACUACUCGUCGGUGCUUCGCGCAUUGUCGCACGGUCAGGCGCACUUUCAACUGCGGCCUCUGGGAUACGGGCGCCUCUCGCCCUGCGACGAAGAAGAGCUUUUAGACAGAUACGGCUGCGAGCAUGUCUCGCUGGCCUCGUCUCGAGGCGCUGCCUCGCAGUUCGCCGACUUCUUGAAACGCUGA